AUGCCAACUUGCAGCGGCACACCAGAUAACCGAUCUAACAUCUCCCAGCUUAGGCUGUGCACAUCCCCACUUCUCCAAAGCGCCCACGGAACACCAUUGCAAACCGAUUUGGAACCCAAGAUGGAUGCAUCACAAGAGCAUAACAUAUUUGGGCUUGAAAACUUUGGAAAUACUUGCUAUUGCAACUCCGUGCUGCAAUGCUUGUACUACACGCUCCCAUUUCGGAAUCAGAUUUUGCAGCUUGCGAAAGUUGAUCGGCCGCCCCGCCGGGUGGUGCCUGGACUCAAACCCCACCCUAUAAUAUUGGAGCUGGCUAACAAGCCGAAGGAGCCUGUGCAGCCGUUGGCAGCCUCAAAGGAGUCGUCUUCUCCCUCCACCGGGUUUGUCCGGGGUCUGUUUGGCAAGAAAGACCGCGAAGAAUCAGGAGUCCCGAUUCCUCCUCGAAGGGCAACACGGACUAGCUCUAUAGCCGCUUCGUUUGCUGGCACUAUGUCGAGUGCGGCAGCCAGCUCGCUGGCAAGUAGUGGCGGCAGUCUACCCGCGUUCCCAGACCCCGCGACACAAACAAGACCACCAAACACCACCGCAUCCCAGUCUCCCGAGGCGGGCAUAAUUGACCAAGCUUUUCUAAGGGCCCACCCUGGACUUGAAGGUAUAGACCUGGGCCCGAGAGCUCCUGGACAAAACGUACCAAUCGUCGGGUUCACCGACGAUGUUUUGGCCACCAACGAGAAACGCAAACGAGCAGCGCUAGUUCAGGGUCCUAUCAUCAAUCUUGACCACUCCCUCUGUGCCGACUACAAUUUGGAUCAAUCGCUAUUGACCACCCUCAAAGAUUUGUUCGAGUGCAUUUCGGAAAACGAAAGUCGAACAGGAGUGGCUUCACCCAUGAACUUUAUCGAGACGCUCAAACAUGAAAAUGAACUUUUCCGGUCAUCCAUGCAUCAGGAUGCCCAUGAAUUUUUCAAUGUGCUUUUAAAUACCGUUAUUGAACAAUUGGACAAACUCGGCCGCGGGUCUAAUUGGGCCCACGAUCUUUUCGAAGGCCAAAUCACCAGUGAAACUAGAUGUAUGAUCUGUGAAUCCGUCACACAACGUGACGAGAAAUGUCUUGAUUUCAGUAUCGAUCUGGAACGCAACAGUUCAGUGCUACAUUGCUUGAACCAGUUUUCUGCCUCGGAAACACUAGCCGGAUCCAACAAGUUCCAUUGUGACCAGUGUGGCUCUCUUCAGGAGGCUGAAAAACGAAUGAAGGUUAAAAGAGCACCCCAGAUUCUGGUGCUCCAUUUGAAACGUUUCAAAUUCAGCGAGAGUGAACAGAAACUCGUGAAACUGCUUCACCGCGUGAUGUACUCUCGCUAUAUUCGACUGCCAGUCACCACAGAUGACUGCCCGACUCCGGAAAAGCUUUACGAACUAACCGGAGUUGUUGUACAUUUAGGUCAUGGCCCUCACAUGGGGCACUACGUUUCUGUUGUAAAUACGCCGAAUGGAUGGCUGUUGUUCGAUGACGAAGUCGUCGAGGCAGUCGACAAAGACUACCCCUUUAAGUUUUUCGGCGAUGGUACGCGGAUGGCCACAGCCUAUGUUUUAUUUUUCCAAGAGACCACGCAAGAAAAAGUCGGACAGGAAGCUUUGCAAAUCAGUACAGAGAUUAGUGCAAACGACCACGAGAGCUUGUUCAGCUCCGACUUCCAUUCCGAAGACGAGCUUUACGGGACUAGUACCGAGAAUGUAUCAGGUACCAGUGGCAUGCCGCUGUCGCCGCCACCAAGACGAACCUCAGUUGCUACAAACCACAGCGGCAGUCCUCCAGAAUGGAUGGUUGGCACGCCCGAAAUGAAUCGGCGGAAUACCACGAUGUCACAGAAAGCUCGUGGCCUCUUCAGACGCCAAUCCGUCAGCUAG